AUGGACGGCCACACCCACCUAGCCGUGGAGUGGAAGGACCAGAGCCCAGGGGCAGACUGCAGCAUGCUGCCGAGCUUCCUCACCGACCCGUUCCCCGCGGACCCCCUGGUGGAGGACUGCGACGGCGGCAACGACGGCUCCGAGGGGGCCGGGUUCGAGAGGCACGGCCUGUCGGUGGCCGUGGGCUCGCCUCAGGAGGAAGGGAAGCCGGCGACGCCGCACUUCGGCCAGAGGUCCAGCUCCAGCAGCAGCCUCUCCGAGCGGAUGCAGGCCAGAGCUGGGUUCAGCGUCGCCAAGCUCAGCAUGCCUGGCAGCGAAUAUUCAGGAGCCCAGUCGCCUUACCUGACCAUCCCGCCCGGCCUCAGCCCGGCGUCGCUGCUGGAAUCGCCCGUGUUCCUCUCCAAUGCCAUGGGCCAGUCCUCGCCAACCACGGGGAAGUUACUCAUGCUUGGUGACACCAAUAACAACAAUAAUACUAGGCUUGAACCUCCCUCAAUUGAAGAUCGUCCCGGUGCAUUUUCUUUCAAGCCUUUGGACCUAAAAUCAUCACAGUACACUGCUGAAGGAAAGAAGGGAUCUCUACCCAACAGUCAGCACCCAUCAGCACCAAGCAGAGAUGUUCCUGUCAAGACAGAAACCAACAUUCAGACAACGACACGAGGCGCCAUUCCGCCAGGCCAUCUGAACCAAGCGCAGUUCAACAACGGGCAAGACCUGAUGAAGUGCAGCUACCAUGACUGCAAUAACAAGCGCAACCGUCUCGCAGCUGACAGGACCACGGCAGGUGGCGACAACAACGACGGCCCACCGGUAACGGCGGCGGACAGCGAGGCGGCGAAGGGAGACUACCCUGCUGCGGUGGCCACAGCAGCGCCGGCCGAGGACGGGUACAGCUGGAGGAAGUACGGGCAGAAGCAGGUGAAGCACAGCGAGUACCCGCGGAGCUACUACAAGUGCACGCACCCCAGCUGCCAGGUGAAGAAGAAGGUGGAGCGGUCGCACGAGGGCCACGUCACGGAGAUCAUCUACAAGGGCACGCACAACCACCCCAGGCCCGCCGCCCAGGGCCGCCGACCUGCCGGCGGCGCGCAGGUUCACCCGUUCAAUGACGCGCAGAUGGACGCGCCCGCGGACAACAACAACAACGGCUACGGCAAUGCUGGUGGCUCGCAGCCGAACGCGGAGGCGAGGUCGCUGUGGCACGCGGGCGUGGCUGUCCAGGACUGGCGCGGCGACGGGCUGGAGGCCACGUCGUCCCCCUCGGUGCCCGGCGAGCUCUGUGACUCGUCGGCUUCGAUGCAGGUCCAUGACGGCGCCGCCCGGUUCGAGUCCCCGGAGGGCGGCGUGGAUGUCACGUCUGCCGUGUCUGACGAGGUGGACGGGGAUGAUAGGGUGGCCCAUGGCAGCAUGUCCCAGGGGCAGGGCGCUGCCGACACCACCGAGGGCGAUGAACUGGAGUCCAAGAGAAGGAAGCUGGAGUCGUGCGCCAUUGACAUGAGCACUGCGUCCAGAGCUGUCCGCGAGCCUCGGGUCGUGAUCCAGACGACCAGCGAGGUGGACAUCCUGGACGACGGCUAUCGCUGGCGCAAGUACGGGCAGAAGGUCGUCAAGGGCAACCCGAAUCCAAGGAGCUACUACAAGUGCACGCACCCGGGGUGCUCGGUGCGGAAGCACGUGGAGCGCGCGUCGCACGACCUCAAGUCCGUGAUCACCACGUACGAGGGCAAGCACAACCACGAGGUCCCGGCCGCGAGGAACGGCGGCCACGGGAGCUCGGCGGCGUCGGGCGGCACGGGGGCGUCGCAGCUGUCCCACGCGCGCAGGGCGGAGCCGCCGUCGGUGCAGGACGGCCUGAUGAGGCUGGGCGGCUGUGGCGCGCCCUUCGGCCUGCCGCCGAGGGACCCGCUGGGGCCGAUGAGCAACUACCCGUACUCGCUCGGCGGCGGCCACGCGUCGCUGCCGAGCCUGCCGAUGCCGUCGGGGCUCGGCGCCGUGGAGGGGCUGAAGCUCCCCAUGCUGUCCCCGUCGCUGCACUCGGUGUUCAGGCAGAGGCAGGCCAUGGAGACGGCGGCGGGAUUCAGGGUGCCCAAGGGCGAGGUGAAGGACGAAGCCGCCGGGGCUGGGGCUGGCGCUGGGGGCGGCGCGGCGGCGGCGGCGGCGUAUCCGCAGACGAUGAUGAGCAGGCUGCCGCUGGGGCACCGGAUGUAG